GCUGUUCCGUGCAGACGUUGAGCGUUUACACAAAUUUCUAAUUUCACGCUUCGAUCGUGUUUUGACAGUUACUUGGAUUUCACGUGCGUAAAAAUAAAGUGAUUCGAUUGUGUCGUUAAAUAAAAUAAAAGUAAUAUAUUGGAGUUUUCUAGGACCUUUGAUGGUUUGAUAAUUUUUUCGCGUAAAUAAGAACUUGGAAAGAAAUUUCCCCUACAUACGGGCGUUAAAGUGAAAGUUAAAUUCAACUGUUUUGCCAAUAUUUGGAUACAACUGCGGGCGUUAGUUAUACAGUAAAUUACACACAGUACACAGUAAACAGUUUUUCGUAUUUCGUAAAAAAUAAUUGAAAAACUUUCCGUCGUCGCAACAGCUGGUCGACCCGAAAAUUGUGAUAAUAAAAAUAAACGAUUUGCUGAGAGAUUUAUCUCGUCUUUGAAGUCUUAUUAUGAUUAAUUGCGAACUCAAGAUGCGGUUCGGAAAGCGUUGAAGUACAACGGGGUCGAGUUUCUUCAGGCUUUAUGAGGGAGAGAAGAUCAUUACCGAUAAGCGGCGAAGUGGCGUUAAAGAAUGAUAAAGAGAGUAGCGGUGGUAGAGGGCUGGUUGUGAACUCUGUUUUGUGCGGUGUUGUGGAUGAACUGUCGAACGGUAGGACUGGUAGGCGAGGGUCGUGGGUUCGCCACGCAGUGAUGGGUGUGCUCAGAUGGAAAGACAUAACGGGUGUAAGGACCAGUACUCCUACUGAACAAAAAGAGGUGUCGCGGCCGGAGAAUCGUCGCUCGGUGUCAGUGGGUGGCAAUGUGGAGAGGCAUUCUUAUGCCGAGGGCAGAGUCCCAGCGCCGCACGGACCGCCGCCGUCGCCUGGCGCGGUUGCCGCACAGCGCAGGGUUGAAGCCGCAUGCCAGGCGAGCAGGAAACUGCUGGAAGAGACUCUUUCUAAACCAGGACCUCCACCGACGAUAGUCCUUCCGCCUAGCGGUGGCUACUGGGUUGAUGGAGUUGAUGAUACUCCCCCCGAAGGAGAGGAGAGCGAGGCGCGAGCGCAGCCCGGCACGCCGCGUCACAAUUCCCGCCGGUACAUAAUCGACACCGAUGAUACCGCCAAGUACUACAGGCGGUUCUUCAUAGGCAAGGAACACAUAAACUUGGUUGGGUUCGACGAGAACCAGAGCCCGGUGGUGAUGUCCCUGAAGAACGAGCACAUGGCGGGGCAGGACCACACGCGGAUACUGCUGCGGCUUCGCACAGAGACUAUGCAUGGACUUAUACCAGUUACAACAAGAUCUGGUAUAAUACCAUCACCAGCGAGAAUGGCAAAGAUGUUGAACGAGCAAGUGAAUGUGGAUAACUUUAUGGCGGUGACGUGUCUGAGCGCAUCGCCUCUCAUCGCUACUUACGACGAGCACGUGCUUGUUAAUGACUUUAAGUUCGGCGUCCUCUACCAGAAGUAUGGACAGACUACAGAGGAAGAACUCUUCGGGAACAACGAGACGUCGCCCGUCUUUGAUGAGUUCCUUGAAAUGUUAGGACAGAGGAUUAAAUUGAAGGACCAUAAAGGGUACCGCGGCGGGCUGGACAUCCAGAACGGUCACACGGGCUCGGAGGCGGUGUACGAGCGGCACGAGGAACGUCAGAUCAUGUUCCAUGUGGCGCCGCUGCUCCCGCACACGGCGGGCGACGCGCAGCAGUUGCAGCGCAAGCGGCACGUCGGCAACGAUAUUGUUGCCCUCGUCUUCCAGGAAAAGGCGACUCCUUUCACCCCUGACAUGAUAGCGUCCCACUUUCUUCACGCUUUCAUCGUGGUCACGCCUCUGGAGACGAACGGCGGGGAGACCAGGUACAAAGUGGCCGUCACCGCGCGUGAGGAUGUCCCAUUCUUCGGGCCGACUCUCCCUCAGCCGUCUGUAUUCCGCAAGGGGCGUGAAUUCAAAGAGUUCCUCCUUACCAAGUUGAUCAACGCUGAAAACGCGUGCUACAAAGCGGCUAAGUUCGCACAACUUAAGCUGCGAACGCGGGCAUCUUUGCUCCAGAACUUAGCUGAAGACUUGAAGAGUAAAACGAUAGAGUUUCUUGGUACGGGGGUGAGAAGCGAACCCGUCGCCGUCUCGCCGCAGCCGGAGGGGUUUGGGACUCCGAAGAUGGAAGGUCCAGGCGCCAGAUUUUUCGAGACUGUGAAGAAAGCAAUUUACAAAGGCAGAUCGCCUAGCGACCCAUCGGGGGACAGCACGAAGGGGUCACUUAACAAGAAAAUCAAUAUACACGAUACACCUACCCCAAACAGCGGUCGUUCGAAGACGUCCGUAGCGUCGUCAUCCGCGUCAGCAGUGUCCGUGCGGUCUGCGGGCGGCUCGGGCGGCUCCAGUCCAGACGUGACGUCACGCGCCGCGCCGCCCCGCGCUCACCACGACCACAGCGACGACUCCAGCCUCAACUCCGUCGACCUCGACCCACUCGACGACAAGGACUGGCUGAGUUGUGGUAAAGGCGCAACAGGUACGCCAGUUUACGUGGACAGCGACACUGGACUGGAAUCGAUGUCAUCUGCUGAGGCGGGUGCGGGCGCGGGCGGGGCGGGGGCUGCGCGGGGCGAGGCGGGCGCGCGCGCUGACCUCGACUUGCUGCGCCAGGAGGUGUGCCGUCUUAAGAACGACAAGCUCGAUCUACUGAAGCAAAAUAUCGCAUGGCAAAACGAGAUCAAAUGCCUUCGUGAGAGGGAGAUCAAACUGCAAGGCGAGUUGAUGUCCAUGUCCAAGGAAAUGAGGAAGAUCCGCGAGCACCAGAGCACCAUCAUACCGAACCCUUCGUCGCACGACUCCACUGCUUAGAACAGUUACUAUGAUUGUAUGUGAUUCGGACACGUCGGACAAAAGAGACGUGCCAAAUCAAAUCAACCACUUGCGGAGUCCACAUUUUGGAAAGAAACUGUAAUAAUAUGUUUAUUAUGUUAAAGUUUCGGCAGUGCGAACGCGUUAGAAAAUACUAAAACGCCUCAAUGCGUAGUAAUGUUAGUAGAAACACUAUAUCUAUUUUCUUCAUAUCUGGGAAUGAUUGUGCAAUAUUAAAUUUGCAAUAAUUUACGUAAUUAUUACGUAUGAUUUAUAUUUUCAUUUAUGCAAUAACAAAGUUUGCCUAUUCUAUACAUUCCUGUAAUCUCUAUGGUAUUAUUGGAUAUGUGUGGACUUUGUUCGUGCAAUUUUGUGUAUUUUUGAUCAUUUGCAUUUAAAUCAAAAAUUGUAUUAAAAGCUUAGAUCUUCGCUUGACUGAUUAAAAUGCUAUGAUUAACUUUGUAUAGUUAUUAGAGAGAAUUUGAUUCGACUCUUCUAUGUUAUAUCAAAAUUAAUAUUGGAAUUUCAGAUUUAGUAGAACAACUUAGGGUAGUGUUCCACUGCUUUAAUUAUUGUAUAAAUUAUUGUCUCUGGUUCUUCAAGGAGAAAGGGAUGGUAAUAUGUUUAUACAAUUUUUAUCAGUGGAAAUUCAAUAAUGAACUGUGAAAACAGUUUGAAUCAUUAUCUUAAUUCGAAACAAGAACAAAUAAAGACCUUGAUUUAUAUUACCUUUUAGACCUCAUAGAAAAGAUUGUGUUUAUUAAAAUAAAAAAUAUAACUCGAUUUAGCCAUUAUUUCUAUGCGCGUAAAUGUAAACGAGGAAAUCUUAAUGUAUAUUUAGUAAUUUUUAAUGUACUCUUGGUACUAAAUAGUUGGUAUUUUGGCGUUGACGGAGUAAGAUCUUGAAUUUUUUGAUAGUUGAUUUGAUGUUAGAGUACUUUAUUU